UUUUUCUUUUAAUCAUCAUAGUUUUAUUAUUAAAAUGACAAGUAUAGUUCAAUCAGCGCAACCUUUAUCUGAAGUAAAAAAACUUAAAACAUUCGAUUUGGCAACAAAUUUGGAAACUUCUAUAAUUGUUGGCAGUCAAAAUACCAAAACUGAUGAUGAAGUUUACGAUACUGCUUAUCUUACAGAAAAUGAUGGUUUAAUUGCUGUUGGUUCUAAUACGGAAAAUUUGUUAAUAUUAAAUGUGAAGAAUGGGAAGAGGAAUUAUGCAAAAGGUCAUUCACAAAGCAUUUUAUGUGUCGAUUCCCCAAUUUGGAGCAAUUCUUUAUUAGCCUCUGGUUCGAAGGAUAAUUCAAUUAUUAUUUGGAAUAUUCAAAAUGCUGAAAAAGAAGAUUUAAUGGAAGUGGAUGAUGAAGAAAAUGAGGAGGGUGAAGAGAAUGGUAAAAAUAAUAUUUUGGUUAAACAAAUGGCUAUAGCUUCUGGACAUACACAUUCAGUUUCAAGUAUUUCAUUUUCCCAUUCAAACAAGCCACCAUUCCUUGUUAGUGUUUCUCAUGAUACUACACUAAAAUUGUGGCCUCUUGUUGAUUUAAUGGUUAAACAAGAAAAAUUGGAAGAAAAUGAAGAAAAUAAAUUACUUAAACUUUCUGCUUCAACAACAAUUGUUGCCCAUACAAAAGAUAUAAAUAGUGUUGAUGUUAGCCAAAAUGAUAAACUUUGUGUUACUGCUUCAAUGGAUAAAACAGCAAAAUUGUGGCAUAUAAAUCUUAAAACUAUGGAAUUGGCAAAUGCUGGAAUAUUGAGUGGACAUAAACGAGGAGUUUGGUGUGCAAGAUUUUCAAAAAAUUUACAGGUUUAUUUUUACUUUUUCUUGUUUGUCUGUAAUUGGGAAAGUAGGUUAGAUUUUUUGGUUUCUUGA